AUUCGGUACUCGGAACCCGAAGCCAUCGUUCUCGCGAGGUAAGCAAACGUGAAGUUCCCUCUCCGCCUUGCAUUCGUCCGUGGCUUCGUUUGCUUGAAAACUAAGAUCGGCUCGGAGUAUCGAAAACGCGUCUCGUGAUUUUUAUAACGCUAACAAAGAUGAGUAACAAUGGAGUACACUUUAAAGACAUUGGCAGCGUAUGAGCGCGACAACAUAUGAGGGAACUGACAGGAGGACCAGGAGUGACGUGAAAGUGAAACGAGAAUCUGGUCUCAUCAUAUUGUGUGCAAGAUUGAAUUGUGCAGUGACCGACAAUCUCUUAAUGUUAUGCCAUAAAACAAAUAGUAAUAACUUGUCACUAUAGUGAUUGUUGUUGAACACGACGCUUUGUAAGACGAGAGUCUCAAUCACGGCAACAAAAUUGAUCUGGACUUUCAACGAGCCGCCGGCUUUAUGAGAGCCGGCGGCAACAUGUGCGACGGCCCCUUCUCCUCAGAAACCCUGCGCAAUAUGCACGGGAUGACAGGCACGUCGCCGGGUGGUGCCGGUGUAGGUCACAUGGGGGUCGGCCUCAUGGGGGGCAGCAGUCCGCUCGGCUCAGCGGGCAAGAAGGUGCAAGUGGAGCAUAUUAAACGGCCAAUGAAUGCUUUCAUGGUCUGGUCGCGGUUACAACGACGGAAGAUUGCGCAAGAGAAUCCGAAAAUGCACAACAGUGAAAUUUCAAAGAGACUAGGCGCAGAAUGGAAGCUCCUUACGGAGGAUGAGAAACGCCCGUUCAUCGACCAGGCGAAGAGAUUACGUGCACAACAUAUGAAGGAACAUCCCGAUUACAAGUACAGACCGCGAAGGAAACCCAAGACUUUGCGGAAAGAGGGCUACCCUUAUAGCAUUCCGUAUCCAAGUGUCCCCAUGGAUGCUCUCCGAGCCGGGAUGACCGGUAGCAUGGGUCAAGCUAUAGGCUCCUAUUACACCGGUGCACCUUAUGGUUCUCUUUCGGCUAGUAUGGCAGCGGCCGCGGCAGCGGCUGCACAACAGUCAGCCGCCAUGUCUGGUCUCGCGGCACCUGCUCAGAUGGUAGGCUCAAUGGACGCCAUGAAGUACUCUAUGGAGGCGGACAAAUAUCGCGCCGCCUAUAUGCCGCCCAGCACUCUGGCAAUGAGCAUGUAUCCAGAUCCCAAGUACCUAGAUUCCUCCAAUCCUAAGAAUACAGUCCCCUAUCUUGACCGCACCUACCUGGACGCGAAGGCAUAUUUCGAGCAGUCGAAGCUGUACAUGGAUCAGAAGCCGAGCAUUGAAUACAAUCGGCCCAGUUACGAGCCCAACAAGCUCUACGAGGAGUCCAGCCCGAACAGCGUCGUCGGGGGAAGCGGACCCGCGAGGUCACCGCCCGCGGAAUCGCCGGACACGAGCAAGCAGCACGAGAGGACGGAGCAGGGCUCGUCCAGCGCGAGUUCAACGUCGACGUCGUCGGUCGCGAGCCCCGGCGCGACUCUGCCGGCGUACUAUCCCGGAUCGGUCCAAGCCAGCGGCCUGCUGAAUUCGCAGAUGGGCCAGUACGGUGGAUACCAAAUGGCACCGACAAACGAGAUGAUUGCAACCCGACGGCCGUUGACGGUGAUCUUGUGACCCGACAGGACGUAGCUCUGAUCGAUCUUCGAGGAACAACUGCUGUGACGGCUACCGCGGACUCCAUGAAACGAGACGACGGUGCCCGACGGAAGCACAGGCCUUUCCGGAUAUCAUCAAUCGCGGUUCCGAUGAUUCGAAAAAAAAAAAAA